UUUUAAAUUCUAUUAUAAAGCUUUAAAUAGAAUUAUAAAAAUACAAUUUUAUUAAAAAUAUAGAAAAAUAAUUUAUAAUUCUUGUAUGUGUCUGAAUAAUCGUCGCUUCUGAUGUCGAAACAGAAACGCAAAUGAAAAUAUGUGUUUAUAUUUAUAAGAUAGUCGAAUAGGUAUAUAUAUGUUGAAAAUCGCUAACCUUCCCAUCAUUUGAUCGUUGUCAGUCCAUACGUACACGUUCUUAAAUAAAUACGUGAUCUACAGCACAUUAGUUUUCACAUAAAUAAAAAUCAACUUUUGAAUCUAUUUUAGAAAAGAAGACUAACAUAAUACCUGGAAGCACGCUAGAAAAACAUAAACGUAUUCUGCAAUAAAAUACAAUUCUAGAAAAACAAAAAAGCACAAGAAGAAAUAUUCUUGCUCUUAAAACAACUUGCAGAAAUCGAAUAAAAACCAUUAUUACUGAGAGACGCAACAGCCAUUGUUUAAUAUUAUAAGAAUCGCAAAUUUUAAUCCAUAGAGAUGACAUCCCAAUCUUCGAUGAGUUCCCCGUCGUCAAAAAAGAGAAAGUUGUUAGAAGACAUAGGUGACAAUGUUUUCGGUAGAUCUGAGAAAUCAUUACUUCUGAAACAUCUAGAAAAUAUUUCAGAAUAUAUAUAUUGCACUUGCGUGGAGUGCUUACAGGAAGAAGCGCUACAUCUAGGUUACCAAUUAGCCCGUGAUUUAAAUAAAAUUUAUUCAAUAAAGUGCGAUGAACACAGAACGUUAUAUCCAAGCACAGAAUACUUUAGAAAAAAUUUUAUGAGAGAUCAGCUUUUAACGUCAUCAUUCGUGCGUAAGAAGUGCCGAGUAAAUAUUGAAUAUAGGGGAAUGUGUCACGUUUUAACGACAAACGACAAACAUUUGUUACUUGAAUAUAUGGAAAAUGACGAAAAAUUAUAUUGCCAUUGUGUGGAUUGCGUAAAACAGAAAAUAUCAUUUCUAGCUUACCAAUUGGCCCGUAAGUUACACAGAGAUUACAAUAUAAUGUGGGAUACAUAUGGGAAGGCGGACCCAGUCUGGAUAGAAAAUUUCGCUGUACAAUUCAGAAUUGGACUUUACUUUAAAUCUCCUAAUGAAUGCAAAGCAUUUAUUGAAACGUCAACUUCCGAACAAGAGCCAGAAAUAUUGACAUUCGCGCAGGAAAAAGAUGUACUGAAAGAAGUACAAAUACAGGGAACUCGCAAAAAUUGUAAAUGCCAAACGUGCUCAAUCAAAGAAGUGGAGUUUAAACUUUAUCAGACGGUCAAAAGUUCCGGCAAGUCAUAUCCAACUUUGUGGGACAAAGAGAAGAAAGUGAAUUAUAUCUGGAUGGAAAACUUCAAAGACAGACACGCCAUUGAAAUUGCAGAAAUAUUCUUGGAUGAUUGUAAUUGCAAAUAUGUAGUUCCUCGGACACCAACUUGCUUAACAUUGCAAGACGAACGAUGGUUACUGUUGCAAAUAGAUUCAAGUUCAAAAACUAGAUUUGAUUGCAAAUGCCGUUCGUGCGUAAUGAAAGAAGUGACAUAUCUGACUUACGAAUUUGUCUGCGAAUACAGCAAACCGUAUCCAGGAAUAUGGAACAUACAUCAACAUGCGGAUUCUGAGUGGUUAGAAAGAUUCAAAAUUAGGCAGAAUUGUGUAAUUUCAAAUUGUAACUUUGCAGAACAAUGUCAAGGAAAAGAAAUUUUAAUUCAGUCAGUAACAACAAGCGAACCAUUCGUAUCUGGUGAUAUACCUGUAACAGUUUUUACAUUGGAAGAAGAGAAAUGGUUGCUAUUAAAUGAGCUUCCAAAACAGGAACUCUCUUGCAAAUGUAGAAGCUGCGCAAUAGAAGAAUUACCACAUCUAAUUUCUAGAUAUUCCCGUGAUUUUAUGAGAUCACGUCCCUCCUUGACUACAUGGGACUACGAACUUCGAAUGACGAGUUCUGAAUGGAUAGAAGAAUUCGUAAAAAGGCAUUACGAUAUAAUGUCACAGUUCCCAUAUAUUUGUACAUCCCAUACAUUUGUGAAUAAUUUUGAAGCUGUAUAGAAAGGGGACUUAUAGAUUUAUUAUAAUAUUAAGUUAUAUUUUUAUUAGAAAUAUUAUAGAUUUUUAUAUCACUAUUCCUUAUUACUAAUAUAUUAAUUAAUAGUACGUAAUAUAUACUAGUUUCUAUUUUCUAUCGCAAAAUUCUUUCUUUACAUUAAUUUAAAUUUAAUU